GGAGAAUGAUACAAGAUCGACGCCUGUCGACGGAAGUUUCAUGGAGUUGGGAGAACAAGUCAAGGUAUAGCUAGGAAGAAAGAAGAGGAUGGGCCGGUGUAAAGCAGAGAAACAUCGCAAAGCACGACCCUCGGUAUUUCGAACUGCGGCGGCGGGUGUGAAAGCCUGGCUCACAGACAGUAGACUAGCAACUAAGUUGCAGGGGAAAAAGGAGCAAGCAGAAGGAAAGCAAACACGGCGAAGAAAGGAUGCGUUCUCCGGCCAAGCCAAAGUCACGGGGGAUGAGCAUCCACUCACUCACUCACUCAGUCGCUCAGUCGCUCAGUCACUCAAUCGCUCGAUCAAUUAUUCACUCAAAUCACUGACUGUUCUUGUCGGUCUGACUGACCCCGCCAGAGACGAGGGGAGAAAGCGAAGGCCAUGGCAUGCGGCGCAGCAGACCAGGAGCAGCAAUUUGAUCCGGUCCUGGGAGCAUCGACCGUGGAAUGGAGACAAUACAGCAUGAGCUGCAGGAGUGAUUGGUUCCCUUGGGAAAGGCAAAGUGCUAGAGGAGAAGUCCAGUCAGGGCCAGCCCACAGGGACAA